CUUUCUCAGCUUUAAGCUUUGGAGCUCAUGCCACGGCACGGCCGCUCCAGCAGCCGUCGGCGGGGGCGGCGGCAUGGCUCCUCAACGAGGAGGAGAGAAAGGUCCAGAAGCCGCGCCAGAGGGCAGCGCCGCAAGCGGCAGCGAGAGAAGAGCUCAUCAGAAGUGCGGAAGCCAGAUGGAGGUAAAAAACAAGAAGGAAAGAAAAAGGUAAAAAAAGCCGAAAAAACAAGUAAAGGAGAUAAGGAGGAGAAGGACGAGAAGGCUGAUAAGCUGGAAAAAGACGAGAAGACUGAGAAGCCGGAACCCGCGAAAGCGGAGUCAGGCCAGGUUGAAAAGGCUGAUGGCGACUCAUCAAAGGUAGAGAAGGCAGAGAAAGCAGCCAAGGACAAGCCCGAGAAGGCAGAGAAGAAAGCCAGCAAGCCCGACAAGCCCGACAAGGCCAAAGGCAAAAAGACCAAGGAUGGUAAAACGAACAACAAAGGAGACGAGAAGACAAAGAGCAAAAGCCAAAGCAAGAAGGAUACAGCAGCGAAAGCCGAUGCGAAAAAGAAAGCAAAGGCAAAGAAAGACAAAGACAAGUCGUCUUCUAGCUACAGCUCAUACUCUUCUUCCUCUUCCAGCAGCGAUGAUGAUGAUCAGCAACAACAGCAGCAGUAUUUGAAUGCCAUGAGCCAGUGGGCGAUGAUGCAGGGUAUGCCAGCGGCCAUGGGCACGUCACAGAUGGGCAUGGCUGGUUAUGCCCAGUAUGCUGGAGGCCAAUACCCUGGAUAUGGGACAGCAUAUGGAUACUCCGAUCCUUAUGGCAGGCCCUAUGGGUCCAGCAUGGGAGAGGCGGUACCAUCAGGUUGUGGCUAUAUGCAGGGGGUGACUCCACCACCACCGCCACCACCUGGUGCUCCCCCACCACCCGGUGCGCCGCAGCCGUACAUGCAAGGGCCCAUGACGGAGGAACAGCGACUUGCCGAUGAGCGUGACAAGGCACGAAGGCGUUUGGAAGAUGAAACUCGUCUCCGGAACGAGGAGCUUCACAGAAAGGCGGAUUCCGAACGAGCAGUAGCGACUGUUCGCAAUGCAAUCCUUCAUCUGCAGAAUGGGCAGUCAGACGCUUUGGACAAGUUGCAAAAGACGUUGGAGAAAACUUCCGAGCGGGAGUUGCCCAAGUGCGAAAGCCAAGCAGAAGCUUUAAAGCGCGAUAUGAGCAAGGCAAUUGCUGAAGCUACAAAGCGACGCGAAGAGCUCCGUGAGCUCAAGGCCAUGAUCAGGAGUGGUGACGAGCACAUCAAGGCCACCGCGGAGUUGAUCCGGCAAAACCUGGCUCGAGAUAAGGAUAAAGAUCAAGAGGAGAUGCAUGAUCAAUUGGAGAACGCUGGGUUGGAGGCGCUGGGAAUGAGUGACACCUACAAGUCCUUUAUGGAGGAACGAUCCAAAUCCCUUGAGGAAUUGAAGAGUGGCACUAAGGGUCCAGCGUUGGUGGACUUGCGACUCCUAGUUGCCAAGAUCAGAAAGCUGAGCGGCGAUUUGACCCAAACGGCAACGAAUGCAGCCAGCGUCGUGAGGGAAGGCAAGGAGAAACUCGCUCGCCGUGAGGCGGCAGUGGAGCUAUCUCAGCGCAUACAGGACACGUUUGCCCUGUAUGAUGCGGAUGAUGAUGGCUUUUUGUCCAAGCAAGAGGUCAUCCGGUACGCCGAAGGUGAAUUUACAUUCACACCUCCAGAAUCUUGCAUAGAAAGACUCUGGAGAAACUUGGUCACUCCAGGCAAAUCUGGUAUCGCCUUUGACUGCUUCCAGCAGAUGAAGGUGACGAUUGGCGCUGCGCGUGUCAUAGAGAAGGAAAGAAGAAAAGCUCAAAGCACCACCUAGAGGCAGCCGCCACUCUGAACUGAGCAGCGUGCUGAGCUUUGUUAAUGGAAUGCUUAUAAGUAGGGGAGUUGGCGAUUGGUUGCUUGACACAGUGGGUGACAC